GUAAAAGAAGGUGGCUCCAAUAUUUUUGGAAGCGGCCUUGUCUCGAGACGUAGGGGUUUAGUUGGCCUUUCGAUUGAGAUGCCAAGAUUGGAGCUUUUGUUGACCUCCAAUGGCAAUUGAUCGUUGUUGAUAUCAGUAAUCGAUCCCUGUCGAGCAAAAGAUCAACUACCAUCACUCGUUUGCAUGUGGAGCUGUCUUAUAUGUGGACGUCUAAGGGGCAGGAGUAGUUAUGUUUCUCUAUUGUCGCUGCAGCUUGCAAUUGUUGUUGUCGUAUACGUAUCUUGUGAACUGAUGGAUUGGUUACUAGAAAAAAAGGGCUGAUGUUUUUGCUUUUUCUUUUAAUUAGAAAGAGUAAAUAAGUGGCUGGAAUGAGUGAAGCAAGAACAUCGAUGGUGCCACAGGUGGUGUGCCAUCAGUCUCGGACCGUGGAAUGAAGUUGCAACCUUUAAUGGAGUUUCAUGCAUAAAUUAGUCUCCUGGAAGCUCCAUAUUUUGGGUUUCUUGACAAGUUGAACACUUUGGGAUAACUAAAUGGAGAUUACUAAGAUGUGUACAAUUCAUCUCGCUUGAAGUUUUGGAUCCACCAGAAGACAACCAUGUGCUUGUUUCAUGUACUGGGAUGACCCUUGCUGAAUAGGUGAUAGAUGACUGUCCCAAGUUAGGGCUUUGCUUUAGGCUGGAUGAUCUAGUACUAGAUAUGAGGGUAAUAACUUGAAAUUACUUGAGUAGAACAGUCAGAAGAACAGUUAACUGCUUGUUGCACAGAUUCUAAAAAAGAUGCUCUGAUACAUCAAAAUAAUAAUAAAAAAAGAUUCUUGUCUUUUGAAUUUCCAUUCAGGAAGCUGCCCAUCUAUUUGGCAAACGUAUAAUGGCUAUUACUUCAUCAACUAAUACCAUUGGUUUGCUUAAUUUACAAAAGAAUGGCAAACAUUCGAACAUGGACCUGCCUUUGUUCCGCUCAAGUCAUUUGAAGGUUAGAAGAUUCAAAAGAAUAUUCAAAUGUGCAUCCCAGGUGAAUGAUAUCAGUGUUGAAGUUGUAAAGCCUGAAAUUGACUUUAAAGAUCCAGAUUGGAAAAAGCACUUCCAAGAGGAUUUUGAUAAUCGGUUCAGGUUGCCACAUCUUACGGAUAUUCUUGAUGUGAAGCCAAGACCAACAACGUUUUCUCUUAAGAGCAGAGGUCCUCUAGAUGAUGGUAAUGGUGCACCAAUGGAUACAUGGUACGGCUAUGUGAAUGAUGACGAUAGAGCACUUUUGAAGGUUAUAAAGUUUGCUUCACCAAAUUCUGCAGGAGCUGAGUGCAUUGAUCCAGAUUGUAGCUGGGUGGAGCAAUGGGUUCACCGUGCUGGUCCUCGUAAACAAAUAUACUAUGAACCUAAAGAAGUAAAAGCUGCAAUUGUCACUUGUGGAGGGCUUUGUCCUGGUCUUAAUGAUGUCAUUAGACAGAUAGUUUUCACACUUGAAAAGUAUGGUGUUAAAAACAUUGUUGGCAUCCAAUUUGGAUACCGUGGAUUUUGUGAUGAGAAUUUACGAGAAGUGCCGCUUUCACAUCAAGUGGUUCAAAACAUUAACCUUGCUGGUGGAAGUCUAUUGGGAGUAUCUCGUGGAGGGCCUAGUAUAAGUGAUAUUGUGGACAGUAUUCAGGCUAAGGCCAUAGACAUGCUCUUUGUACUGGGUGGAAACGGUACACAUGCAGGGGCAAAUGCCAUACAUGAUGAGUGUCGCAAGAGAAAAAUGAAAGUGUCAGUUGUCGGUGUCCCCAAAACCAUUGAUAAUGAUAUACAACUAAUGGACAAAACAUUUGGUUUUGAUACUGCGGUAGAAGAAGCUCAACGAGCAAUUAAUUCUGCAUAUAUUGAGGCUCAGAGUGCAUACCAUGGCAUUGGACUGGUUAAAUUGAUGGGAAGAAGCAGUGGGUUCAUAGCCAUGCAUGCAUCACUUUCUAGUGGUCAGAUAGAUAUCUGUUUAAUCCCAGAGGUUCCCUUCAAGCUAGAGGGGCCAAAUGGCUUAUUGCAACACCUUGAGCAUCUGAUAAAAACAAAAGGAAAAGCUGUGGUUUGUGUUGCUGAAGGAGCAGGACAGGAACUGCUACAGAAGUCAGCUGCAUUAGAUGCAUCAGGAAAUGUGGUACUUGGAGAUAUUGGAGUUCACAUUCAGCAACAGAUAAAAAGACAUUUCAAGAAUAUAGGUGUCCCCGCAGAUGUGAAGUACAUAGACCCAACAUAUAUGGUUCGAGCAUGCCGUGCUAAUGCAUCUGAUGCUAUCCUAUGCACUGUGCUUGGCCAGAAUGCUGUACAUGGUGCAUUUGCUGGAUUCAGUGGCAUCACAACAGGCAUAUGCAAUAUCCAUUAUGUCUACCUUCCCAUUCCAGAAGUAAUUAGAUCUCCGAGGCGUGUCGACCCCAACAGUAGAAUGUGGCACCGAUGUCUGACAUCAACAGGCCAGCCUGAUUUCCGCUGAUAUUAAUUAGGGAGCAGCAGCUUAUUCAGAUUGCUUCUUGCUUCCUCCAAAGUGUGCAUGUUUGGGGUAUAGAAGGCUUUAAAUAAGGAUCAUUUUCCAAUUUUCUUUUACACAAUGAUCAUGUAAAUUAUCAGUUUUGUGAUUAAUAAAGUUGAAAGGAGGAUGACAGACAUCAUUUGAGGAUGCCCACAUCAGAUGUAAUAAACUGCGAUGUAAUUGUAGAAAAAUACAACCAAAUAAUGGUUCUUGCAUA